CGUCCAGUAAUACUCGUAUGGGCGUCUAAGAGAUAAAGUUAAAAAAAGAGCCUGCGAGUAAAACAAAUGUAUAAUGGUCAAGAAAUAUUUUUGUAGUAACUGUAGUGAAAAGCUGUGGGGAAACUUGUGAAGCUCGUUAUAUUCAUCUGUGGAAAAUGAUAUUGGAGCAAGGCGAAAGUAUUUUUGUUAUAAAAACCUGUAAUUACUAAUGGUUUUGUGUAAUGGUAUCCCUUCAUUCUGAUGGCAUGAUUUUGUAUGUGUAUAAAUUAUUGUAGUUUUUUUUUUUUGUACGGCUUGUUGAAUUCGUCUGUCAGAUAUUUUAUGUUGCAAAGUCGGAUGAUGUGAUGCCCUGCUAUGGAAACUGGCGAGCUGUGUAGAAUAUGUGCUUGCUCGGCCAAGCUGCUGUUGCCGAUUUUUGAGGGGGAAGGCAAGAGAGCAAAAUUGUCGAUGAAAAUACGUAAACAUCUUCCUAUACAGGUGGACGAAGAUGACUGCCUGCCAGAUCGGGUGUGUUACCCGUGCUCAUCUACCCUCAAUGCCUGGCACAAGCUCGUGGAGAAAUGUGUUGCUGCAGACAAGAAGCUGAGAGGUUUAUUGGCCACCCAGGAAAAGCCUGCAGUAGUUGCGGUUAAAGAAGAAAUCUCCAUUGAUAAUUCUCCCCUCUGCGAUGAUGGUGACUGCAAAAAUACAGCUGAGGAGCAGGCUGGGAAAAAAGACGAGGUCGAAGAGAGAGUGGUGGGGGAUAUCCAUAGGAGCACACAAUGUGAUGACAUCAGGAUUGAGCAGGUUUCACCAAUGCCAUCUCAAUUCAGUGUGAAGGAAUCCUUUAACAACAGAACUGUUCUACGCAAGCUUUUGCCAAAGGAAAUAAUCCCUUCGAGUCUGCCACCUCCAACAACAAACCGUGUUCUUGUUGCGAUAGACGAGAACUGCAGUCCUCGGGAUCAAAUUGUAAUAAUAACGGAAUAUCCUGACGUUGCCGGUGCGGAAUUCAUUGGGCAGGCGUUACCGGAUGGAGGUCCCGAUGACGGCGACAACUCUCUCACUACGCUCAGUGGAGAUGGACAAGUUCUCCCGGCGUCCGACUCUGAGGCGAGCAGCGACGCUGCGUCGCAGGCCUUCAGGUGCGGGGUGUGCCACACAGUGUUCUCCGGUCAGCAGGAACUGGCAUCGCAUGUGCAUCGGUGCAAGUACUGCAGGGAAGUGUGCAGCGACAGCGACCAGCUUGAAGCCCACCGACUACUGCACCAAAGCGACAAACAUCGCUGUCUGGUGUGCGACAAGACACUGCCGACGUUCAAGAUGCUCAAGUUGCAUUUCAUCAUCCACGCCGACACGGGUCUCCGGCUGUGUAACUUCUGCAACAGUGUGUUUUCAGACCAGAGCGAACUCGAAAAGCACAGAGCCACUCAUCAGAAUGAUAGACCGUACGUGUGCGAAAUGUGCGGCAAGGCCUUUAACCAGAGAACAAAUUGGGUGGAUCACCUUAACACACAUUUGGGUGUUAAGUUUCAGUGUGAGUUUUGCGGUAGUCUGUACUCGAGUAGAAAUAAUUUAAAGAAACAUCUUGCCUUGCAUAUUAAUGAAGGUAAGACAAAUUAUGUAUGUGAGAUUUGUGGGAAAGGGUUUGUUAAUAAAAGAUACUUGAGAAUGCAUGGGAAUGUACAUUCUGACAGCAAGCCUUACAAAUGCACUAAAUGCAAAAUUGCAUUCAAAUGGAAGAAAAGUUUGAAUAGUCACCGGCAUGUUCACGAUGAAGCGGCAGAGAAGCGCUGUAGAGAAGACAAGCGAAGAUCAGCUAGUGUGCAGUGUGACAUUUGUGGCCAAUACCUAGUAUCCAAGUGGAACCUUUACCAGCACAAGAAACGUCACGAUAAUCCCAGUGUUAAACAUCACAAUCAUAAAAAAAAAUUAACUCAAUCUUCCUUGUGUCACAUUUGUGGUAAGAGAAUACGCAGUCUUAAAAGUGAGAUUCAUCACUUCAACAUGCAUGCAGGAAUAAAACCAUUUGAGUGUUCAAUUUGUGGCAAGAAAUUUACCUCAAAAAUUAGCCGAGAAAACCACAAACGCACACACACAGGAGAGAAACCAUUUAUCUGUGAUGUUUGCGGAAAAUGUUUCAGUUCUAAAAAACGUCUUUACAUUCACAGUCGCAUCCAUUCAGAUAUCAGGCCUUAUAAAUGCACGUAUUGUGAAAAGAGCUUCCGUCGCCAAACUCAUCUUGUUUGUCACAUUCGAACACACACUGGAGAGAAACCGUAUUCGUGUGAGAUAUGUUCGAUGUCAUUCCGACAAAUAAAUAAUAGGGCAAAACACAUGUUAACUCAUUCAAAUAAGCAACCAUUUGUUUGUGAAUGUGGGGUUAGUUUCUGUCAAAAAGAAGGCCUUCAUAAACAUAAAAAGAAGAAUAAGGAAAUAGAAAUACCCGUCCUUGAAGAUGUAUCUUGUAUCUAAUAUCUGUAUAGGUUGCAUAAAAAAAAAUACCAGCCAAACUGUGGGUACAUCCGUAAAUUAUACUGUUCAACACUAGAGCUGUUACUAUGUACAAGAAAUACACUGGAUCUUUGUUAUGUGGAAUGCAGUUUUGACAUUGCAUGGGACUAUUUAUUGACCCUAUCUUCUUCUGCUCAGCCUCGUUUAAAGAACGGACCAUGCUUUCUUGAACAUGUAGUCAGAUGUCCCAUUAGCAAUACAGGAUGUGUACUCACUAUUGUUUGUACAUCCUCUAUUGGCUGGCGACCACUGAAUAGAUAUAUGUAAGUGGACCAAUGCAUUGGCCUCCAUUUAGCUCUCAUGUAGAUCUGCUAGACUCAUUUGUACCUAAGUGCAUUUGAAAAACUCUGUGUAUACAACAACCUUGGUGCAAGAUGCUAAAAGUCUGCGUGACCAUAUUAUGGAUACCUGGCAAACAGUCUGCACAGAUCUUAGGUUACUUGAGUGCAUUUGGCAUUAUUUUUAAUGUUGUGUGGACUUGCACUCACAGACAUUUGGUACAUGUGUUUCGAGACAGCUACUGGUGAUGUUAGCUAUUUCCUAUGCUAUGCUUACGUAUGUUUUUACAAUGGUUAUUGUACUUGUGCUUUUGCCCUUAUUUGCACAUUACAGGUUUCAAUUUAAUUGUGUAUAUUAACAAAAUGGCAUUAUAACAGGGAUCCAUUGUAUCUUGUUCAUGGUGAUGGCUCUAACAAUGAACGGAAGCGUAAGGAGUAACCCGAGUUCAAACCUCAAUUAAAUUUAAUUUUUGCCUCUUCUACAUGCCCUGCAUAUGUACCCACAGUUUCGAUGCACAUUUUAGGUACAACCUACAGUAAUAAACUUUGUAAUAGAAAAUUAACUGAAUUUUUAAAUCUUAGCACACAAAUGCUAUGUUGUGUUCACACUGUAUCUUGAAUUAUUUUCAUGGACCUUUGAAAUAUAUUUUGUAAAAAUUCACAUGAAAAUAUGUUAAUUAUAGAAUUGAAAAUGAAGUGUGUUCCUAAAAAACUUCUCACCAGACACACGAAAAAUAUAUAUAUAUUAUUAUUUUUUUCGUGUCCGGUGAGAAGUUUAUAUAUAUAUAUAUAUAUAUAUAUAUAUAUAUAUAUAUAUAUAUAUAUAUAUAUACACACACACAGUGAAACCCUGAUUAUCCGUUUUCCAAUGGACCAUGAGUAAAAAACGGAUAAUCCAGGAAAUCCUACAAUGUGGGAACACACUCUAAAGUUACCAAAUGCACAAUGUAUGUACUAUUGCAAAAACUUUCAGUGAAUCAGUUAGGUAUUUCCAUAAACUGACACCAGCAGCACACUGUAUAUACACUUUUCAUGGGGACAAAGUAAAAAAGUGUAAAAAGCGGGAAAGUGUAAAUAAAGGGAAAAGUAAGAAAUACGUUAAAGUUAAUUAAAGUACAGUCGCAUCCUGCAGCGUUCAUAACAAAUGCGGGCUACAUUACACAUACGCAUUGCACCACAGUAAAAAAAUUUUAAAUAAAAGGCCCGCAAAUUGUACAUUCACCGUCAAUAGCGCGCCGUGCGCGGAGAAAGGUCAUCGUACUCAAUCAGCUGUUAUGGCGCGACGUACCCGCCGGCUGGCUCUCUCUGUUGUCUGAGCUGCGCGUGCGCAGUAUAACUCACUCUACGCUCCGCCCAGACUCGUGACGUUCCAUCAGCAGUCAGCCAAUAGAUGCGAGCUUAGCGGAAAAAAAUAUAAGCUCCACCUCCCGUGUACCAGUUUUGUCCAGUUCUAAUACCAGUUUAUUGGUAUACGCACCAGUUUUCUCGCUGCCGUGACGUGUUCAAGUUUACGUUCACCUUGAUUUCUUGAUACCAAUAAUUAAUUAUUUACGAUCCCCAGAUAUAAAUGGUUAGUUUAAAAAAUAUGCGUCAACUGUACAAUACUUCCUAAAUUAUAAAAUACGUUUAAAACAGUUACCAAGACUCCGCUCAUUUUAUCUAGUGAGGUUUAUGUCUCGUACCAGUAUUUCGGCUAAGUUGUGACAUAAAUAUAGUAACAGAACGUUUAUACAUUCGUGAGUUUACGUUUUUCCAGAGUACAUUUUAGAUUGCCUCCUGCUACAAUUACUCGGACUUUUACACGCCUAGGCUUAAAUUAUUAUAUGUUUAGAAAUAAAAGCAACUUUUCAUGUUAUAAAAUAUGUUUAUUUUGCGAUUUAAAAUGUUCACUGCCGACUAUAAAAGUUACGUUUUUCACAAUGUUUUUAGGCCUACUAUCGUUGUUACGUGAUGUAAAUAGCGGGAUGGAUUAGAUUUUUGAGAUGUAACUCGCGUGAAAGUAUUGUAUUGGAUUAAAUGGGAACCAAACGGGACCUGAAGAAUAUAGUGCAAAUAACGGGAAAACGUAAAUAACGGUAACGUAAAUAAGGGGUUUGACUACUUCCUUAAUUUUUUUAAAUGAACAAAAUGUGCCAUCCACUGGGAUGUUUGAUUCCCGAACUUGCUGGAACCAAGAAAACAAAACUUUCUCAAGCUCACUGUAUUUCGACUGUCUUGCCAUUUUCCGUUUUUUUGAAGACUGGCCGAACUGACUUGCUUGUUUCCGAAUCUCAUUUCUUCUAGCGAAGAUAGAAUUAAGAGUCGAUGGAGGAAUACCAUAGCGCUUUGCCAAAUCAACCCGUUUUUCGCCUGGAUUUUUUUCAACGGCAUUUAUAAUUUCUAAACGCUCUUUAAUGGUUUUAACCUCUUUUGUAGGCCGAUACAUAUCAAUGAACCUUUACAAAUUUCACACGUGCAUUAGAGUUAAAUGCGUAAAGCUAAUUUACCGUAAACAAGGAAAAUCUCGCGCAUAUACGGCCGGCCACGGAAACGCUAGGAUGAACAAUUUCGUCUAUGUUUCUCGCAGGAUUUCACUGCCGCUAAAUAGAAACGUGUUUACGUUGGGCUAGUUGUACGGGAGACCUAAGAUGCACAUAAAGUUUGGACCCUACCCGAACUUACCCGAACAAUUCACCUUCGGCCAACUUCGGGAUUUGUUUAAUUUUUGCGCGGGAAAAAUGAAAUAUAGUGAAAACAUGGCCCACGAAGAUAGUGAUAGUGAAAUAGCAAAAUUGUUUACAAAACGUUUUGAAAAUGAACCUAAUCACAUCUUUGGGUAUUUGGACUCAAAAGAGGCUUUUAAAAAGUUUACAGAUGACUUAAUAAAAUUAGGUCAUUCCUACUGUGUCUGGAACAGUAAUCAUUCCACAGCUGGUAAAGAUUAUUUUAAUUAACACCAGUUUAAUAAAUGUAUUUAUAUAUUAAUAGAAAGAGAGUUGAGAUUUUUGUGAAAUGUGGUAAAUGGAUUUUCCAGGAGGGGGCUGUUUGCACUUCAAAGUUUUUUUCUUCCAAAAUUCGAUUUCUGUUUCUUGUUAAUGGGCUGGUCAAUAAUUAAUGGUUUUCGUUACCCAAAAUUACUUCAAGCAUAGCUGUCACGGUCAAGACAAUGCCUCAAAUCCCGCAAAUUCUCAAACUCUACAUGUUUGUGUUUGCCUUGCACGACAACAAAUUGUCAACAAAUUUCUACUGCAUUACAAUUUUACUGCACUACUCUUUUACAGAUGAUCCAAAAAUGUAUUUCCAGUACAAGCAGGGAAAGUUAGCUAAUGUCCUUUCCAUUGAUUUCUUCGGCUCACCAUUCACAGAGGAGAAAUACCUUUACAUGGUCCCAACUAUCGACACACGAAAGAAACUGUUGACCAACUGGUAAAUUGUAUAAGCAAUUAUGUGUGUAUUAAGCUCGGUUUUACAUAACAAAUAUGGUAAUUGUUUCGUAUCCCGUAUCCAAGUUUAUCCCUCGAUCCUGAGUUCAUGAUCCUGUAAAUAUUGAUCCUAUGGCAUAUAAUGCUUCCUGUUUUAAUUUAGUAUGUCAAAAAAACUCUUAAUAUAACAAUUUUAUCUUAAAUUUUUAGAAACACUUAAAAACGGUUUACAAUUUUUUUUAUUUUUUAUUUCUUAAGUAAAUAAAUAUAAUAUCUAUGAAUUUGGUUCCUUUUAGUACAAUUCAGAACAUACUACAUUUCAACUGACAUCAUCAUGUAGUAUCUUGGCCUACUGAAUUUAUUUAACCUUGGAUUACACAAACUCUGUUGGCCAAAUAACUUAUAGUUACUUUUCUUUUUUGCAAAGAUUACUGGAUUCGUUUCUCCUCAUUAGUUAUUGUCCAUACAGGUAGACAGUUUGGACAAAAGUUUAUCUUUUAGGAUUUAGGCCAAGUAGACCACAGGAGAAUCACCUGGUGGUAGAAUGUAAAGUGUAAUACACUUUGUAAGAAUAGGGUGACAGUAAUGCCAGUAUAGAAAUAAUACAGAAAUUUCUAAGAAAUAUACAGUCUGCUUUCUCACCAAAGAAUGGAAUUAUUUAUGAAAAUAGGCAUUAACAUUGAGUAUUUUUUCAGGGUUGCUACACAUUUUUUAAAAUGAAAUUCCCUGACUUUCCCAGGUUUUCGAGUCCAUUAGAGAAUUUUCCAGACCAUCACAUAUGAUGGUAAUCGUGUUCAGUAAUUUAUUUCAGAAGUUCUUAAACUGCAAUUUUUUUCCCAGCAUGUAAGCUGCACGACUAAUUAUUAUUUUUGUAAGAGAAGUCAUUCCAGAAAGUGACUAGUUAGAGCUUGUUUUCCCAAUUUGCUAUGAAGCAGUGUCUUUUUUUAAAAAAAUUAGAAGGAACAAACCCUAUCUGUAGUACAUGGUGAUAAUUCAGGACCAUUGUGAGUUGAAGGUUUAAGUAAAAAUACAAACAGUAGUUUUUAAACUAACCAAUAUUAUUAAAUAGAUAAUAAUGAAAUAAUCACAUAAUCAAGGCAUGCCAUGGAAGUUAUAAGAAUUUUAACAUUGCCCACAUCAAUUAGUCGAAUUCGCCUAAUUAUUGAUCACAAGGUACAUCAGCAUCAUGCUAUUUCAAGAUCAGGCCGUAUCAAUUAGUUUAAAUAACAUGACACAAGGUCUAUUGUGGAUUGUUAAAUGCAGUUUUAUCUGUCAUGACAGAAUUAAAAAUUAUAGGAGGAAGUAACAUAACUUGAAAAAUUUAUAUUUUAACAGCAUGAGAGAAAGUGUGUGUAAAGUAAAUUCCAGAUAUCUUUGUGAUUUCCUUGACUUUCUCAGUGUACAUGGAAUUUCCUGACUUAUCCCUGUUUUCAAGGUUUGCCCUGACUGUAGCAACCCUGUUUUUGAAGGUGAACAUUAAUCUCGUGCCAUUUUAUUAUUUAAUCAGUAACAUCCCUGCCCAAAAUAACAUCCAUAUAUAUUUCCUAACUGUUUGUUUUAGUUUAUGUAGACAGUGGGUGAAUGUAUCUUGAAAGUAACAUUUUUUCUACCAACCUAUACCACAUAAAAUUUUACAUGUUGUAUUAAAAUCUGUGUGUACAGUUCAGAAAGAAAUUAAUAUUCACAGACAGCAUAACUUAUUGUUAUUGUAUUACCGUCAGUAUUAUGUAUUGUGUACCUUAAGUAGGCUUCUUGCCUAAUUAAAUGAAAACUGUUUAAAUAAUAAUUUAUGUAUCUGAAAUAAUCUGUCCCUUUGCAGUCCCUGUUCAUAAAUACAUUUCCUUAGUCCAUGCCAUGCUAUGGCCCCUCUUUGCUUAUAGAAAGAUAAGCUUUCAAUAUUAAAAUGUAAAAUAAUGGAUUAUGAAGGUCUGGCAAAAAAAAUCUUUGUACUUUAUUUCCUGUACAAAUGACAGAAUUAUUUUCCUGUAUGAAACACUUAAACCUUCUUUGACAAAUUGUUCACAUUUGUAGCAUUGGAGAUGUUACUGACAUGUUGAAAUAAAAGGUUGUAAAAAUA